AUGGCAGAAUUAAAAUCGAGUGAAACUGGUUCAAAUGACUUUUUGGAGGAUUUUAAUGACCGUUCGGAGAAUGUUUUUCGUGAUCCUUCCCAGGUUGAAAGUUUGAAGCCUGUGGGCUUGAAAGUUAAGAUUGAAGUUAACAAGAAUAGAAAACACGCUGCCCUUAUCGGUCAUGGAUAUACUCCAACUCAGGGUUUUAUAUUUAACAAAGUUGUCAAAACGAGAGAGUCUGGUAAGGACGAACUGGUGUGGCAAACUAUAAACCCUAGCGAAUAUGCCCAUGAGGUUAAUUUUACUGAUAAGGCUAAUGAGAACAUAAUUUACCUAAAACUUGUCAACGGCGAUGUUAAAAAAAUGGUUAGGAAUGACGGAGUCUGGUCCGAAGCUGAAAAACUCACUGUGAACAUAAAUUGGGACGAAAGUUCCGAGGAGCAUUACUUUAAUCAGUGUACCCGUGUGGAAUCCAAGUGCAGGACUUACAGGCCUAAAAACUCCUACCCUGUUAAAAGAGUCGUUUACCAAGAUCCAGCAUCAGGGUCAGAAAAGACCAUUUGGGUAACUGAAGAUUCUAAGGAGUAUUCCCACGAGGUAUCAGUUUUAAGCGUGACAAAAAUUAACAAUGAGUAUCCCGACAAACAUGUCUGUAUACUCCAGGAAAAUAAUAAUUAUCUCCUAUUCCUAAGGGACAGGAUCUUGAAUAACUGGGUUGACAUUACUAAGACGAGGAUAAAAAUGAGUAAAUUACACUUUUUUCACGGCUUAAAAAGACUUGCACCGGAGGAAUAUGAAGUGAAAUACGAGUUUUUACGGUUUCACGUAAGGCUCAAAACUCCCUGUAACAAGGUUAAGUAUGACCGGAAAAAACUAAUUAAAAAGCCCAUCACAAAGGCUAUUAUUAAUUUAUCAGAUAGUGUUAUCAUAUUCGGCAACAAUGGCGAAACUUUAUUUAAAAUAUUAUUCAGACACCUUGAAAAUGUCGCAGGAGAUCUACCCGAAACCGCUGAAAAGUUUGACGAAUACGGCCUAAGAACCAAAGUUGUCUUCAUCAAAUAA